AUGGACAAGACUAAGUUGAGACAACAAGCCAUGUUCAUUCGAAGAUCACUCUUUGACGAGGGGUUCCUUGAUGAGCAAUUCAUUCAGUUAGAGGAAUUACAAGACGAUGUUAAUCCCAAUUUUGUUGAAGAAAUUGUGACCCUUUUCUACAGUGACUCUAUAAGACUCAUCUCCAACAUAGAAAGAGGACUGAUGAGAAACCCUCCAAAUUUCACCAAGCUAGAUGAUUACAUGCAUCAGUUCAAGGGUAGUUGCUCAAGCAUUGGAGCAAAGAAGGUGACGACUGAAUGUAGCAGAUUCAGUGAGUAUUGUGCAGCAGAAAACUCUGAAGGAAUACCUUUUCAGAUGCUCCAGGACUUUCCAACAGAUCUAUCUAGAGUAUACGACUUUGAAGAAGAAGCUCGAGACCUACUUUCAGGGAAAGGUUCAGUUUUUUUGACAACUGCGAACGGAGAGGGGAAUCACAAAUCAGAAUCAUAUUUUUCCUCUUUGGGAGGUGCAAAUUGCCGACUGAGACGGGAACGCGUCCAAGGAUCAAGGGAUGCUCUCUGUGGUGGCUGA